AUGGAUUUAUAUGACGAAUUUGGCAACUAUAUCGGCCAAGAGUUGGAUAGCGACAGUGACGGAAUCUUCGAUAGUGAAGACGAUGCACAGAUAAAAAAACCACAUCUGGACGAGGAGAUAUUGCCCGAACCCAGUGGGCUAGCUCAGAUUGAGGAUGAUGAAGAUGAUAUAUACAAGGGGGCGAAGGUUGUAAUUCAAGAGGAGGAUAUGCAGCCGUUGGAAGUGCCAAUUAUAGCGCCAGUGGAGAAAGAGGCGGUACGGCUUAAGGACGUGAAGAAAUUAGAUAGCGACUACAACGCCAGAAAUUUCAACAUCAAGGAAGAUAUACGAGAAAGUGAUGAGGAUAUAGAGUUUUUUCUUUGCCUAACUAAACAACCUGAGUAUAUACGAAAUAUAUGUAUCGCUGGUGACUUUCACCACGGCAAAACAACUCUCAUGGAUUUGUUUCUAGAAAAAUCACUUAUUUACUCGGGGCAAAGCAACGAUUUUCCCGAGCGAUACAUGGAUAGCAGACUUGAUGAACGCACACGGGAGAUGUCAAUUAAGGCGAAUCCCAUCAGUUUGUUAUUCUCAAACGAUCUAUAUGAGGGACUAGAUUGCGUUGGAUGUGAUGAAGCCGUGUGGAAGCACAAAACAUUCAUAUUCAACAUGUUUGAUUGCCCUGGACACAUAAACUUCUUCGAUGAGUUUGCCCAUGCUGCAACUAUUUGUGAUGUUACAAUAUUGGUAAUCGAUGUGUUAAUGGGAUGUAAUAGUACCUGUGAAAAUAUCAUUAAAUUGUGCCUUUAUGAUAAUAUCAAGUUUGUCGUGGUAAUAAACUGCAUCGAUCGCUUGAUUAUGGAAUUAAGAUUACCCCCAGCUGACGCUUACCACAAAAUCAAUCAUGUCAUAAAUCAGGUUAACACGUAUGCAGGCAAUUUGGCAUCAACUUUGGGACUUCAAGUUGAUACUUAUAGCCCAAUAAAUGGUAAUGUAGCGUUUGCCAGCGGCCAGUUUGGCAUUUUUUUCACCUUAAAAUCAUUCUCUGUUCUGUAUAGCGAUGCACUCAAUAGUGGACUUGGCGUUGAAAAAUUUUAUAAAAAGCUCUGGGGUAAUAGUUAUUACAACAGAGAAACGUUUAAGUUUACCUCAUGUGGUAAGGUUGAAGAACAAAGAUCGUUUGUGGAAUUUGUCUUAACCCCCCUAUACAAGCUAUUUGGCAUAGUUUCUGGCAAGGAGCCAGAGCUUGUCAACAACAUAUUGAAUGAUCGCUUUGGCAUUCAUUUAAAUGAAUUGGAAAUGGGUGCUAAUACUAGGAAUUUAUUACGCACAACUUUUACCAAAUUGUUCCACAACGCCUCUGGCUUCGUCGAUUUCGUGCUAAAUCAGUCAAUACCCUCUUCCUUUAAUGCCAUUAAUAAAAUCCAGAGCCUGUAUACUGGUGAUUUGACAACUCAAUUUGCAUCUGAUAUGCUAUUGGGGGAUCCAAAUGGGCCACUAGUAAUUCAUAUAGUCAAAAAUUACCACGAUGAUAAUUGUAAAUCAUUCUCACUCUUUGGUAGGAUAUACUCGGGCACAAUUACUGUGGGCCAGGAAAUUCGAAUCCUUGGAAACACUUUUUCGCUGAAUGAUGACGAAGAUAUGGUCGUACGUACUGUUGCCUCACUUGCCAUACCAAAGGGUAGAUACAAUAUAUCAGUCCAAUCACUAAGCGCUGGAAAUUGGGUUCUCAUCUCUGGCAUUGAUCUGUGCCUAUUCAAAACAUGCACCAUUACAAAUUCAGUUGAGUGUGAGAUAUUUAAACCUCUAUCACAGCGGUUUAAAUAUCUACCAUGUAUGCUUGCAGUUUGUAAAAUUGCAUGCGAACCUCUCGUGCCAUCUGAGCUACCAAAAAUGGUCAAGGGGCUGCGCAGCAUUGAAAAGAUUUACCCAUCAAGUAAAAUAAAGGUAGAAGAAAGCGGAGAACAUGUUGUGGUUGGAACGGGGGAGUUGUACCUUGAUUGUAUAUUUCAUGAUCUUCGCAAGUUGUACGGCGACUUGGAGAUAAAAGUCUCAGAUCCAGUGGUAAUAUUCACCGAGACAAUUGUGGAAACAUCAGCCAUUAAAUGCUGUGGUGAGACUCCAAAUGGAAAAAAUAAGAUUUAUUCCGUUGCCGAACCAUUAGAGAAAGGGCUAUGCGAUGCAAUUGAAAAGGGGAUGGUUAGAAUCGGCAGUCCCUUCUUCGAACAACAACUGCUCGAUAUCUACCAAUGGGACCGCUUAGCCGCUAAAAAUGUAUGGGCAUUUGGCCCUGAUGCACAAGGUCCAAAUAUAUUGCUUAAUGACAUCCUCCCCAGUGCAAAUUUGACACUAUGUGACUCUCUGAGAGAUAGCAUUAUCCAAGGAUUCCAAUGGGCAACAAGGGAAGGACCUUUGAUUGAAGAACCGCUGAGGAAUGUGAAAUUUAAACUACUCGAUUUAUCUAUCGCAAAUGAUUUCAUUGAUUAUGGCGCAGGACAAAUAAUACCAACUGCAAGGCGCGUAGUAUACAGUUCAGUGCUGCUGGCAGCACCUAGACUGAUGGAACCAGUGUUUUUAUCUGAAAUAUACUGUCCUGCAGACUGUGUGACACCAAUACAAGCAAUUUUGGACAGACGUAGGGGACAUGUGAUCCGAGACCUACCGAUCCCCGGAUCUCCAUUUUACACUGUACACGUUUAUAUACCGGCAAUCGAAUCCUUCGGAUUUGAGACAGAUUUAAGAAUGCAUACUAGUGGACAAGCCUUUUGUGUAAGUGCCUUUGACCACUGGAACAUAGUACCAGGGGACCCGCUCGACAAGACAAUCGUAUUGAAACCAUUGGAGCCCGCGCCCAUUCCCCACUUGGCGCGCGAGUUCUUACUAAAGACAAGACGGCGCAAAGGCCUCUGCGAGGACAUUACGAUCAACAAGUUUUUCGAUGGUCCGUCAAUGGACCAGAUUGCAGCGGAUCUGGAAAUGUUGACCAUGUGA